AUGGACUUCCACCAUCCCCCCGGGGGUAAGACUAGGAGUGGAGGCGUGGCCUCCUCCUCCGAGAGCUACCGAGACCGCAGGGAGCGCCUCCGGCAUCUGGCCCUGGAGACCAUCGACAUCAACAAGGACCCAUAUUUCAUGAAGAACCAUCUGGGCUCGUACGAGUGCAAGCUGUGUCUGACCCUGCACAACAAUGAGGGGAGCUACCUGGCACAUACCCAAAGGAAGAAGCAUCAGACCAACUUGGCCAGGCGAGCCGCCAAGGAGGCCAAGGAGGCCCCCGCCCAGCCAGGGCCAGAAAAGGUCAAGGUGGAGGUGAAGAAGUUUGUGAAGAUUGGCCGCCCAGACUACAAAGUGACCAAGCAGAGGGACACGGAGAUGGGCCAGCAGAGCCUCCUCUUCCAGACUGACUACCCUGAGAUCGCCGAGGGCAUCAUGCCCCGCCACCGCUUCAUGUCGGCCUAUGAGCAGAGGAUCGAGCCUCCUGACCGUCCCUGGCAGUACCUGCUCACGGCCGCCGAGCCCUAUGAGACCAUCACCUUCAAAAUGCCAAGCAGGGAGAUCGAUGAGGCCAAAGGCAAGUUCUGGACUCACUGGAAUCGGGAAACCAAGCAGUUUUUCCUACAGUUUCACUUCAAGAUGGAGAAGCCACCAGCCCCGCCGAGGCUCCCUGCUGGGCCUCCUGGGGUGAAGAGACCCCGCCCCCCCAUGAAUGGUCUGCCCCCGCCGCCUCUGCCAGAGUCUUUGCCCCCACGACCACUGGGAGGCCUGCCUCUGCCACCCAUGCUGCCCAGUGGGCCUGCACCCUCAGGGCCUCCGGGCCCUCCCCAGCUAGCUGAGUUUGGUGCUUUUGUACCGGACUGUGUAGUGUCCGCACUGCUCAUUAAACACCUCCCCUGA